GGACCGAUACGCUCAUUGUCGACACCUGCUUCCGGGGCUAAGUGUCAGCUCAAAGGCUUGCCAUUUUCGUUUUCAUCAGUCAUGGCGCUAAUGAAGCCUAAAGGCAUCUGAAUCGAAAAAGCACGACAGUUUGGAAGGGAAAACUACGCGCAGUAGACGCGCUCGAUAAAAUGCCACAACCAUUUCGCGUCAUGCUACAGGCCCAACCUAAGCACCAAAGUUUUUAUUCUCUUCACAGCUGUCACGCCACCUUUAUACUGAUCUCCGCCACACACAAAAAAAAACCCCUCACCUCAGCGGGGAAAAAAAAAGUCCGAUUCGAUCUCUGCCGAGCGAAACCCUUCGCCUCGCCGUCGUCGUCGAAGAAGUUGGAGGAGGCGGACACAUCAACCAUCUCGCGGACGUCCGAUUCGUCCCACUCGCCCUCCUGCAGCACUGAGCUAAUCCAGUCCAGGUAGGUCUCGACCCAGUCCGGCAGCCUCGGCAGCCCAAUCUUGACGAACCACUCCGGAUCAAGGCUGCCGUCUGAUAUGAGAAGGUGGAGGAGGAGUUGCGACGGCGGCGGUCGGAGGAGGCAGCGUUAUUCUAGAACUCGAUUCAGCCAGAGGUCUUGCCGGCGACGCAGUCAAGCCUUUGGCGGGUGCACGGCGGGGGCUCGCCAGGUGAAUGGAUGGAGGCGGAGGGAAGUGGAAGGCCUUUUUUGGCUGAGGUGGCCAGCUCUAUCCACGUGUCAGCCACUUGCAGAUGCAAUACACUACAAAAAUCAUGAAGUGAUCAAGCUAUUGGAAAAGCAUGGCGCUAAGCUUCCGAUUGCUCCAAUGCACGUUAAGAAUUACCGGGAAGUUCCAGAAUAUGAGAUAGACCCCAGUGAACUUGAUUUCACAAACAGUGUCGAUAUAACUAAGGGAACAUUUCGUGUAGCAACAUGGCGUGGAAUUCAAGUCGCAGUUAAAAAGCUUGACGAAGAUGUAAUUACUGACGAGGAUAAAAUAAGAGCAUUUAGGGAUGAGCUUGCAUUGCUUCAGCAAAUACGGCAUCCAAAUGUAGUCCAGUUUCUGGGUGCCGUCACUCAAAGUAGUCCUAUGAUGAUAGUCACAGAAUAUUUGCCCAAGGGUGAUCUUUGCUACUUUUUGAAACGAAAGGGAGCUUUAAAGCCAGCAUUGGCAGUUCUAUUUGCACUUGAUAUUGCAAGAGGAAUGAAUUACUUGCAUGAGCAUAAACCAGAAGCCAUCAUUCAUCGUGAUCUUGAGCCUUCAAAUAUCUUGCGGGAUGAUUCCGGGCAUUUGAAAGUUGCAGACUUUGGCGUCAGCAAGUUGUUAAAAGUGGCAAAAACUGUUAGAGAGGACAGACCAUUGACAUGUCAAGACACUGCAUGCAGGUAUAUGGCUCCAGAGGUCUUUCAGAAUGAAGAAUACGAUACGAAAGUGGAUAUCUUUUCAUUUUCUUUGAUUCUACAGGAGAUGAUUGAAGGGUGCUCUCCAUUUGCCCGUAUACAAGACAAUGAAGUCCCAAAAGCAUAUGCUUCUAAAGAACGACCACCUUUUAGAGCUUCACCUAAACUGUAUGCACAUGGGCUAAAAGAGUUAAUUGAGCAAUGCUGGAGUGAGAACCCUGCUGACAGACCGACAUUCAGAGAGAUAAUUGGUCGGUUAACCAUUAUUCAGGCCCACAUUGCUCAUAAGAGGCGUUGGAAGGUGAGACCCUUGAAAUGCUUUCAGAACCUAGAGGCCAUGUUUAAGAAAGAUCACUCUAACCCGAGCAGCCGCCGCUCUCGCUCAUCUCGUUCUUCUGAUUUCGUCUAGCAGGAGUGUUAUAUGGUCACUGUGAAAGUUGAUUGUCCAUAUGGUUGCUUGAUCUAAGUGAUCCAAUAUAGGGCAGAGAAACAUACAGUCUUAGUUUUUUAUUAACCAAUCAUGUGCCAUGAUGGUAUCUCUUGCUCAAGGUUUUGAGUGUUGAUUGUGAGUGGAUGCUUAUAUUUGAUUAAGGUGAUUCACCUGUACCGGUACCUUUACAUUUGGUUUCCUUUACUGUCAGAUGAACGUCUAUUUUGUUACAAAAUGAACAAUGAACAGCAUGUGGCCCAUGACUUUGUGUACGAGAACCUCAUGAUGCUUUCUGGUUCUGAAAUGUCAAAAUAGUCAUGGUAGUGUCAACCAAAAUGGCUCCAUGGCUGGUUGUUUUUA